CAGGCGGCCCAGCCCAGCCCAGCGCCUUGCCCCGGCCGGACACGGCGCCCGGGGCGGAGAUGGCGGACGAGCCGCAGAAGAAGCCGCACUUGUCGGCCCUGGUGGGGCACACUAACGGGCUCACCAAGCCCGCCUCGCUCGCCGCCACCACCGCCGGCAGCCGGGCGGGAGGCGCCGCCGCCCCGUCCAAGAAACUGGUCAUCAAGAACUUCAGAGAAAGGCCCAAGCUGCCCGAUAACUACACGCAGGACACCUGGCAGAAACUUCACGACGCCGUGGGAGCGAUCCAGAGCAGCGUUUCCAUCAAGUACAACCUCGAGGAGCUCUACCAGGCUGUUGAAAAUCUCUGUUCUUACAAAGUCUCUGCUACACUGUACAAACAGCUGCGACAAGUCUGUGAAGAUCAUGUGAAAGCACAAAUUCUUCAGUGUUGUACAGAUUCUCUGGAUAGUCUUUUAUUUUUAAAGAAGAUAAAUAAAUGCUGGCAAGAUCAUUGCAGACAAAUGAUCAUGAUCAGAAGCAUUUUCUUAUUUCUGGAUCGCACAUACGUACUGCAGAAUUCAAUGCUUCCUUCUAUAUGGGAUAUGGGGCUAGAGUUAUUUAGAAACCAUGUCAUUAGUGAUAAGCAAGUUCAGAACAAGACUAUUGAUGGAAUCCUUCUGCUGAUUGAACGAGAGCGAAGUGGUGAAGCUGUGGACAGAAGUUUGCUGCGAAGUUUGUUGAGCAUGCUGUCUGAUCUGCAGGUUUACAAGGAAUCCUUUGAACAGAGGUUUCUGGAAGAGACAAAUUGUUUAUAUGCUGCAGAGGGCCAAAGAUUAAUGCAAGAAAGAGAGGUUCCAGAAUAUCUUCACCAUGUUAAUAAACGUUUAGAAGAAGAAGGAGACAGAGUGAUAACAUACUUAGACCACAGCACACAGAAACCACUGAUAGCUUGUGUGGAGAAACAGCUACUAGGAGAACACUUAACAGCUAUCUUGCAAAAAGGACUUGAUAACCUGCUUGAUGAAAACAGAAUAUCAGACUUGACCCAGACGUACCAGCUGUUCAGCCGGGUAAAAGGGGGGCAGCAGAUCCUUUUGCAACAUUGGAGUGAAUACAUCAAGAACUUUGGGACAACAAUAGUGGUUAAUCCUGAAAAGGACAAGGAUAUGGUGCAAGAGCUACUAGAUUUUAAGGAUAAAGUGGACCAUAUCAUAGAAGUGUGCUUUCAGAAAAAUGAAAAAUUUAUAAACUUGAUGAAGGAGUCCUUUGAAACAUUUAUCAACAAGAGACCAAAUAAGCCUGCAGAAUUGAUAGCAAAAUAUGUGGAUUCCAAGUUAAGAGCUGGUAAUAAAGAAGCGACAGAUGAAGAGUUGGAAAGAAUCCUUGACAAAAUCAUGAUCAUAUUUAGAUUUAUUCAUGGUAAAGAUGUGUUUGAGGCAUUCUAUAAGAAGGACUUGGCCAAAAGACUGCUGGUUGGAAAAAGUGCAUCAGUAGAUGCUGAGAAGUCCAUGUUGUCAAAGCUUAAACAUGAAUGUGGGGCUGCUUUUACCAGCAAACUGGAGGGCAUGUUCAAGGACAUGGAACUGUCAAAAGAUGUCAUGGUUCAGUUUAAGCAGUAUAUGCAGAACCAAAGUGACCCAGGAAAUAUAGACCUGACAGUAAAUAUAUUAACUAUGGGAUAUUGGCCAACUUAUACACCCAUGGAAGUCCACUUAAAUUCAGAGAUGAUAAAGCUUCAAGAGGUGUUUAAAACCUUUUAUCUAGGAAAACACAGUGGUCGAAAGCUUCAGUGGCAGACCACUCUAGGGCAUGCUGUCCUGAAGGCGGAAUUUAAGGAAGGAAAGAAAGAAUUUCAAGUAUCGCUCUUUCAGACAUUAGUGCUGCUUAUGUUCAAUGAAGGAGAUGAAUUCAGUUUUGAAGAAAUUAAAAUGGCCACAGGUAUAGAGGACAGUGAAUUAAGAAGAACCUUGCAGUCUUUAGCUUGUGGGAAAGCGCGAGUAUUGAUUAAAAAUCCAAAGGGCAAGGACGUUGAAGAUGGAGACAAAUUCAUCUUUAAUGGUGAUUUCAAGCAUAAGUUGUUUAGAAUAAAGAUCAAUCAAAUCCAGAUGAAAGAAACAGUCGAGGAACAGGUUAGCACAACUGAAAGAGUAUUCCAAGACAGACAAUAUCAGAUUGAUGCUGCUAUUGUACGAAUAAUGAAGAUGAGAAAGACUCUCGGUCAUAAUCUUCUUGUUUCUGAAUUGUAUAAUCAACUGAAAUUUCCAGUGAAGCCUGGAGACUUGAAAAAGAGGAUCGAGUCUCUCAUUGACAGGGACUAUAUGGAGAGAGACAAAGACAACCCCAAUCAGUACCACUAUGUUGCAUAACAGAGAGGAAAUACUUUUAUUUAAAAAAAAAAAAAAUACAAAUUAAAAAAAAAAUCCAAAUAUAUCUUCAGGACACCGAAUACCUAUGCUGUUCCAGACUUUAUUUUUUAGCAGAUUUCAGGUUGAUGUAUAUUAUUCAACCAGCUGCAUGCACUGCUGUGGACAAGAAGCAAAAUGAUAUGUUAACUGAUCAUCCUUGUCAAGACUCCUUACUAAUUUUAAAUGUCGCAUUUUUAUUUCUUUCGGUUGUUUGUUUGUUCUUUUGGGUUCUUCUCAGUUUAUUUUUACAGUUUUGCUUAAAAUUGUCAUCGAAGUUGGUUGGAAAGGUAAAAUCACCUGUGUAAGAAAUACUUCUGUGAUGGAUGCAAGUCUGUUUUUUUUCCCUUCUGUGUUCCUGACUGCAUCCAUAAAGACCCUAUAUGCUGCAUUCUUUAGCUACAGUGACAACUUGGGUAACUUUUUAAAAACCCUUAAUUGAUGAACAUUUAUGUACAAACAGUGUUGUUGAAAUACACUGAAUUUUUGAAAUUAUGCGCCAUGAAAACUCUCGACCUUGCGUUCGUUUAAUUUUCUUUCAAAUGAGUAUGAACUUCAGUCUGGUUUGGAUAAAUCAGGUUUUGAAGUGAGAUCCUUUAUGUGCCAAGAGGACAACUGCGUUCAUGUGUGUAGUGAAUUGUUGGGUUAUUUAGCUAAAAUAUGGAUUAUUAUUUUAUUACUACUUCUGAUGGGUUGGGUGGCAAGGAUUAGAUUUGAGUCAGAGGCCCUACCUCAUUUUAGGGCAACUGGUUUUUAUCACUGUUGAUGUACCUGCCGUAACGUUUAGUUUUGCCUUUAAAAUCACAGACAGGGAAACUAAUGUACAGCGUGCUCCACUUUAAGAGUCGAGAACUUUUUUUAAAAAUAGACUUUUAUGGUCUUGAUGUUGUGAAAGCAUAGUUUUUUGUCUUGAAAGACUAAGGAUUUUGUGAGUACUUUGUUACAUAUUGUAUAUAUGUAAGUUGAUUUGAACUAAAGAAGGAAAGACAUUGUAACUAUAAAGAAGAUACCUUUUGUGGUAAUACUUACAAGAUGCUGUUUAUUUUCGGGAUUUGCAUACUGGCGUGUUUCAUUCUGAAAAAGAGCUACCAAAGGAGUUUUGAUCGUGGCGAAAAUGAGAAUUAUAACAGCAAUAUUUUCUGAGAGAUACCUUACUAAAUUUAUGUAACAUGGGUUUUGUGCAUCAGUUGAAAUGCCACCAUGUCUUCUUAAAGUAAACAUUGCAAAGAGUUGACAUCUUGCAGAUUUACAUAAAGUCCUUGUUCUGUCAUCUGGUGUCAUUAAUUGUAUUGCAUUCUUCUGAAUUAUUUUUGUUCCCUUUGUGUUUAGAAACUAAAAACAUCUAGUUUAUUGUAUUUAAAGCAUAUUUAAUGUUGUAAUUUAAUGUACUUAUUUUAAUAUUUGAAUCCAGUUAAUUCAAAUAAAAUCUUUGAUGCAUAUUAAAUUCCUUA